AUGGCUCAGCACCAAGUCUAUAUUUGGAUCGGCAUCGAGUCGAUAUUUGAACUAGCAUCAAUACAUUUAAACGGAUCGGUCGUAUGUCAAGUGGCAAACCGUAAAUCAAAGGAACUCGGCAUCAAAUCAUCGAGAUGUCCAUUGUUACGAGUUGUCAUCAUCCGCACCAGCUCGACAUUGUAUCUUCUCACGAGUCGUCACCUUCUGCAAGCAGCUCGGCUUCAUCGUCAUCUAACGACUUGGCGUCUCCUUCCAACGGGGUGGAUCACUCUCUUCUACGGCUCGAACUCCUCUUCCUCACGGUUCGACAUCACUUCCUUCUACGGAUCGACAUCACAUCGAGAAGACGAAUCAACAUUACUCUACAAAUGGAUCGGGAUCAUGACAACGACAACGAGCAGCUCGGCAGCUCAAAGUCAUGGCUCGGCUCUCUGUUAA